UAAGUCACAUCCAGCAAGAAACAGGAUGAUUGUUCGAAUAAGUCAGUGCAGUGCUGAAAGUAGAAAUAUCAAAUCGACACACGAGAAAGUAGAGAAGCCAAAUCCAAAGAGAAAUUGUCUUUCCCCAUUUACUAAGUCCAAAUACCACCAUAAAAUCCUCCAUGAGAAGUACAAAACCAGAGUUUUGAGAUAUUGGGUCCUUUGUUCUUAAAAGCUUCCAAUCAUUUCUAUGGCAACCGUCGUUCAAAUCUCCAUAAAUUCCCUAUCUUUCAGGCUGAGCAGUCUGCACAAUAGGACAUGCAAGAAACCUAUCAAAUAUUUUCCUCUGUCGAGGGCAAAGAUUGGGUUUUUGAAGCAGAGCAAGUUCAGGUUGCAGGCUUAUUGGGACAGGGAUGGGACUUUGGUGACAGAUGAGGGGUGGAAGAGAAAGAAGAAGAAGAAAAGGGAGGUCGUGGUGAGGUUGAAUCAGGGGUUUGGUGGGUUUAAUGGCGGCGGUAGGCGGUGGCGGUGGUGGUGGGAAAGAUGACGGAGCCAUUGCUAGACUUCUGGGCAAUUUGGCUGUAGCUAUUGGAUUGACUUAUCUUUCGUUUACUGGGCAGCUUGGCUGGCUUUUGGAUGCUAUUGUUUCCAUUUGGCUGAUUGCAGUGCUUGUACCAAUUGUUGGUGUGGGUGCUUUUCUGUGGUGGGCAGGGCGGGAUAUGGUUCAAGACAGUUGCCCAAACUGUGGAAACGAUUUCCAGAUUUUCAAGUCGACUUUAAAUGAUGAUUUGCAGCUCUGCCCCUACUGUAGUCAACCUUUUUCCGUGGUGGAUGACAAGUUCGUGAUGGACCCUAUAAAAUUCUCCAAACAAUCUACAACAUUUGGGCAGGCAUUCAACGACUUCACCCGUUCCACAAGAGGGAAGGAUUCUUCUACGGCAGUCGUUGAUAUUGAAGCGGAUGUAAAAGAUGCAGACUGAGGUUGCUAAUUAUUCUUCGAAUAUGAUUUGGUACUACUCUUAGAUAAUUGAAUAUAAGGGAUGUAGAAUAGACAACAAAAUAGUUCGUUUUUAGAAAGAUCCGAUGGAACAUUUUUGUGUCGUGGCAUUGAUAACGCAUGAGCCAUAAACCAACAUUUUA